AUGAGCUCCGAGGAUGGGUGGUGGGACGACAAUUUGAACGAAAGAAGUUGGUGGCAAAGUCUCCUUCGAGCCAUCAUUUGCAGCGGACCGGUAAUCAUCUGAACUCAUUUUUUUUUGUUCUUCUCUUUACUGGAAAAAGUGAAAGACUUAUUUAGAAAACUGGUUUUCCAAGAAAGGGUACAUAGAAUUUCCCAUUAAUUUGAAAAAUAGUUGUAGCUCUGUGUGAAAAUCGUUCAUGAAAGGUUUUUAUACUAAGGAGCCCUCAAGUGGUCACUUAAGGAGCAACGUUAAGGGCUCUUGUAGGUUCCCUCAAGGGACCACCUAAGAAAAAGAACCAAUCUAGGGGAGCAUUUUAGUGUUCACUAUACGUUUUUUCGACUUUCAAAUCAGAACACAAUUGAAUGACCACACACAAGGGUUCUCUUGAGUUUUAGUGGAUUAAUGGUCUUUAAAUCCUAUAAGGACUGCGUUAAUUUUUGCUCUCUAGAAAGGAGUAUUUCGGCCCCCUAUAGGGGAUUUCCACCUCUACAGUGACCAUUCCAGCGUUCCUGAAUGAGAAAAAAAAAAUCACGUUUGGACAUUCAAAAACAUAUUUUAAACUUUUAUAGGUUCCUCGACACGUCGCAUUCGUGAUGGACGGCAACAGAAGAUACGCGCGGAUGAAGCACCUCGGAAGCGUCGUGAAAGGUCACGAGAGGGGCUUUAAUCAGCUCGCAAAGGUCCUCUCAAUGAUCACAAUUCUUUGCUCAAAACUAUGCAAAAACUAAAGAUCCUAGUGAAUGUAUAACCUACCAGGGUCGCACCAAAAAUAUUUGCGGAACCUCACUUAAAUCAAAAAUUUUGCAAGAGAAAAUUUUUAAGGGAUUCUAUUGAAGCCUCAAAAAAAACUUUCUCUUGAAGAAAAUCAAUAGGAUUCAGAUUCUGAACUGGUGCCGGGACUUCAACAUCGAGGAAGUGACGAUCUACGCGUUCAGCAUCGAGAAUUUCAAGCGGAGCGACGAGGAAGUCGACGGCUUGAUGUCGUUGGCCGAGGAGAAGUUCCAGAAGCUCCUCGAUGAAAAGUUGGCUGAAGUUAUCUUUCCGAACCAGCCAGUUUCAAGGGAGGAGCUGAACGAAAAGAAGAUCUGCUUCCGGUUCUAUGGAAACGUCGCCCUGUUGUCGGAGAAGCUGCAGAAGUUGGUUCGGGACAUCGAGGACGCUACUAGGGACUUCAAAAAGUUGGUUUGUGGGAAUAAAGAUCGAUGUGGUUUUCAAAGACUUCUAGAAAAGAAAGGUCUAUGAAAAAUGAAACAAAAGUAUAAGUUCCGAUUUUUCUACUCCGUGAAUUUCCGAAUUUCAUGGUAGUAAAAGUAGUAGCCGAUCCACGGCUAGCUUGGGACGAGGUUUUUCUGCGCUCUCCGCAAACCAGGCACUAUAUUUUUCGUUUUUUUAUCGUGUCAGGACCCUUCUUUCCGAUAGCCGUGAAUCAGCUAUCUGAAGAAAUUUUUCUACGCUUUUUCAGUGGACGCGUCAACGUGUGUAUGCCGUACACGUCGCGCGAUGAAAUCGCCCGGGCUUUUGAACUUGUGAGAAAAGCUCACGAGAAGGUACGUAGUUUUGUUAGCUUUUGCUUCACCUGCGCUCCAAUGCGAUGGACAGGAUUGAUUUUUUUCAUGAUUUAAUGAUUUAUCUUUUGGAUCACUUUUGCGCCAAAUAUUUCAUUUCAGAACCGUGUAUCAAGUGUUUUGAAGACAAAAAUGAAUUUUAUUUUGAUUCCACAAAACCGAGGUUACGUAUCCUUUUCAUAGUUUCUUAUCAAAAGAUUAAUAAUAAAUUUGAGAAGUAAAACCAAAAAAAUAAAACCAAAAAAAUUGAGAUUUCAAAACAAAAUUACAUCAACAGCCGGGAGCUGAAAUUGACUACUCGGACCUUGAUAACGCGAAUCGGACGUGUCGGGGAAUUUCUAGUGGAAACUUUAGUAGCCUCAGCGCUCUUAAGUGAUCACUAGAACUGCCCAGAAACGUCCGUUUCGCGUUACCAAUGUCCGAGUAAUUGACCCUGAAGGGAAGCUGGAGCGCACUUUCUAUCCAACUAGGAAGAAUGAGUGAAAUUAGAUUUAAAUAGACUUACGAAAGCUUGAAAAUCAAUGAUUCCGAAUCGCAGGGCUUGAUAGAGAAGGAAGAGAUCGAUGAGCGCGUCAUCGAAGCCUGUCUGGACAGCGGCGACGGCACCAAGCCGGACAUGUUGGUCCGCACCAGCGGCGAGAAACGUCUCAGCGACUUCAUGUUGUGGCAGGUAGUCCCUGAUGUCACUGAUCUGCGUCUAGGGUUUGACAUCUCUGAAAUAGAUAUUUCCUUAAAGUCGAGCCUCUUGAUUAGGAUUACGAAGAUAUUUUUUGUAUAGGUUUGCAAAUUUUUCUUCGUUGAUUUAAUAUUUAGAUACAUGUUUCACAAUUCUAAAACUUAUCAUUUUCUUCUGUGGAUCAGGAAUUCUCGUUUCAAAACUUUCAAAAUCGAACUUUUUUGCUAUGCUGAAAAUCGAAUGUACAUCAUUUCUCUUGUUUUUUUAAAUUCAGGCCGAAUCAGGCACAAACUGAAAAAUUGGAGAAAAACGAGAAGUUGGAAAUUAAUAAGAAAGUCUGGAGAAAUUAAAAGACAUUUCAAAAAAGUAGAGUAAACAGGCAAUCUAUUCAUUUUUCAAGUAUUUUAAUCUUCUAUUGAAGUUCAAAUUUCAGUGCGCUUCCUCGCAUGUCUAUUUCGACGACGUCCUUUGGCCCGAAUUUGACUAUUACAAUCUUUGCAAGGCAAUUCUGAGCUACCAAUACUAUCGAUCGACGAUAACAAAUGUGAGAAUGAAAAAAAAACCUUUAAAGAUAAUUUUCUAUUUAGGUAAACAACGAGCUGGAAAAAGGUUCUGCACUAAACAGCGAUAAAAACGAAAAGUUUUACGAAUGGGUGGCUGAGGUGAAAAGAUCCAGAGAAAUUUGA